AUGCGUGGCGACGGAGAAGACGACGGAGAAGAAGCAGACACAAAGGCGAGCGCUCGCACAGCAGCACGUGCUUCCAGCACAGAGCGACACAAUAGGCGCGAGGUGCAACCUGAAACUUCGCCGAGCAAAUGCGUCAAGGAACGGGUCAGAGGCGUGUCAAUGUCAAAGGCAGCAGCAGCGUGGGAGACGAUCGAGUCGAUAGGAAACGCCCCGACUGAGCGCUGGGGCCAUACUGCUACCAAGAUCUCGAACGACCGCGUGGUGGCCUACGGUGGAAUCGAUGACGAGGAGCGAACACUAGGGGACUUGCACGUGUUUGACAUGCAAACACACCGCUGGAAGACUCCAAUCAACUGCGAAACGAUCCCGCGAACGUGGCACGACGCCGUGCACCUGCCUCUCAAGAAUGUAGUGCUUGUGUUUGGGGGCGAGCGCACGGAAAGCGGUGAUGGUGAGCUUGCCGUUCUUUCCGACGUUAUGGUACUGGACACCGAGUGCUUCCUGUGGUUUCCACCGGCCAUUCGUGGGCCACCUCCGUCGGCAAGAAGCGGUUACACUUGCACUGCUAUUGGGAACGAAACCGUGGUGUUGGUGGAAGAACAGGACGGAAUUGGCGGAGCACGGCACACAUUCUGGACACUGGUGAGCAAGAAAUGA